ACGCGCACGCGCACGCGCACGAGAGAGAGAGAGAGGUUUGUGAGGGGGGCUGCUCGCGGCCAUGGGCAAGAAGCACAAGAAGCACAAGGGCGACAAGUACCCGUAUGAAGAAUAUGUCGAGAAGCCUUUAAAGCUGGUUUUGAAAGUGGGAGGGAACGAGGUCGCCGAACUUUCCACUCAGAGCGCAGUCCACGAUCCGGCCCAGUACGAAGACAGAGAUGAACACGAAAAGCACAAGGACAAGAAGAGGAAGAAAAGGAAAAAAGCGGAAAAGCAGGUUCCUGGAGAGGAGAAAGAGAAGAGGAAGAGGAAAGUAAAGGAAGAUAAAAAGAAACGGGAUCGGGACCGGGUUGAAAGUGAAGGAGAGAGAGAGCUGAAAUGCCAGACUCCGCUGAGAAUGGAAUUGACAGUUGAAAAACCACUGAGCAGUUUGGCAAAACAGGAAGAAGUGGAACAGACACCUCUUCAAGAAGCUUUGAACCAGCUUGUGAGACAACUGCAGAGAAAAGAUCCAAAUGCUUUCUUUUCAUUUCCUGUGACUGACUUUAUUGCUCCCGGCUACUCCAUGAUCAUUAAACGCCCAAUGGAUUUUAGUACCAUGAAAGAAAAGAUCAAGAACAAUGGUUACCAGUCCAUAGAGGAACUAAAGGACAACUUCAAGCUUAUGUGUACCAAUGCCAUGAUCUAUAACAAACCGGAGACUAUUUAUUACAAGGCUGCGAAAAAACUCCUGCAUUCAGGAAUGAAAAUACUCAGCCAGGAAAGAAUUCAGAGCUUGAAGCAAAGUAUUGAUUUCAUGGCAGACCUUCAGAAAAGCAGGAAGCAGAAAGAUAAAGCAGGUCUACAGUCCGGUGGAGAAGAUGAGGAUAGUCUUGGAAAAGAGGCCGAUUCCAUGGAUGCAGACCCCAGGGCAUUUAGGAGUCCCAGCAAAGAAUACAAAAAGAAGGAGAAAGAGCUACUUGAAGAAAAAAUAAGGAAUAGCAAUCUAGAGAGGGAGCAAGAGCUGAUUGAGCGUAUCAUUAGAGAAUCUGGAGGAAAAUUAACAAAACGACCUGCUAGUGGACAGUGUGAGUUUGAGCGAAGAAAACCUGAUGGGACCACUACCCUGGGACUUCUUAACCCAGCGGAAAACAGCGCAGGGGAACUCAUUCAUGGUUCCAUGAAGUUGGGUGUAACUGCUGGAAGACUUCAAUCAGGUGUAAACACGUUGCAAGGAUUCAAAGAAGACAAAAGGAAUAAAGUGACUCCAGUGAUGUACUUAAACUAUGGGCCCUUUAGCUCUUAUGCACCAGCUUACGAUUCCACAUUUGCAAAUAUCAGCAAGGACGACUCAGAUUUGAUAUACUCUACUUAUGGAGAAGAUUCUAAUCAAGGAAAUUUUAACAUGAAUGAAUUUUUGGCCAAGUCUCAAGAUUAUCCCUAUGUAAUGGCUGACAGCUUGCUGGAUGUCCUAACCCAAGGAGGGCACUCUCGCUCCCUGAGAGAACUAGAGCUGUUACAGCCGGCAGAGGAAGCUGAAAGCCUGCGUGGAAGGACUGAUCGGACCAAGGAUGUAGAGAUUGUGGAAACAGAGCCAGCCAGCAGGUUUGACGGCUCUCUUAGUAAAGAGAGGCUGACAGCAUUAAGAGCCGUUACCCCUUUUGGGAUGCCCGUGGAAGAGUUUGACUCUGAAGAAGCUGAAGUCUUCCAGAGGAAACUAGACGAAACCACAAAACUGCUCAAGGAGCUUCAGGAUGCUCAGAAUGAACGACUCAGUACAAAACCACCUCCCAACAUGAUUUGCCUCUUGGGCCCAUCUUACAAGGAGAUGCAUUUGGCUGAGAGAGUGACCAGCAAUCUAAAAGAGCUCGCCCAACAAGUGGCUCCUGGGGACAUUGUCAGCACGUACGGACUCCGUAAAGCCCUGGGGAUUUCUGUCCCUUUACUGGACAAGCUGGACAGCGUUGUUGACUUAACGGAGGAUCUGACGGAAACGCCAAAAGCUACCGUUCUUAUCGGAAAUGAAUGUGAACCGGUUGGUACAUAAUGUUUCCCAUAAGUCUUAAGUUUUUUCUCCUCUCCCUUCUAGGGUCACCUCCAUGCAUGCCUGGGCUCUUUGUAUAUUUUAUUAGAAAUGUCUUUCGGGAUUUUCAAAUUCUUAAUAAAAGGCUUAAAAGUC